AUGUCAAUGUCCCUCCAAAACAUCUGGCAUCUGCGCCGAGUAGCAGAUACAGCCGCCAAAGCAUGUUAUAUAUGCUACAAGCCAUCGAGUAGUGUAUUCAUCACGCCUGAUAAUCGGGACUUCUUCUACGUCUGCCCCUCUCACCUCCAAGACCGCCAUUUCUGUUCUCCUAUUGUCGAUACAGAAGCGGCGGCCGCCAAGGCCAAAGAAGAGGCUAUGGCGAGGGAGAUUGAGAGGGUGAAGAAGGAGUAUGAGGAGAAGCAGCAGCGGAAGAAGAAUAAGGAUGCUGAGAAGGAGAAGGAGAAGAAGGAAGAUGAUAAAGACAAGGAAAAGGAUGAUAAGUCUGCUACGAAGAAGGGGGAUGAGGAGGAUAAGAAAAUGCAAAAGGAACGGGAUGAUAAGAUUGAGAGUAUCAAGAAAUCGACCAAUUCGUCGGAUGACUCGCCGAGGGUAUUUGCGUUGCACAAGAACUUCUAUCAGAUGCGUAUCGACAGGAUGCGCAAUGCCGAGAUGGCUAGAAGGAAUCGUCAGCGUUUGCAGGAUCCUUCUCUGUUCCCGUCUGUCCCGACUGGGGGGCUGUGA